UUCAAGCAAUCGAUAAUGGAGAGAUCAAGAAGAAGCCAAACCAGUUGCUUGCUUGUUUGUGGUCUUGUUGCAGCUUUGCUUUCCCAGAACUUUGUUUUUCUUGCUGCUUCUUCAUCCUUUCAAGAUGAAAAGAACUUCUAUUUCCCUCCAAUAGACCCGAAUGUUGGAUCUCCACCGGUUGCUCUCAGUCCCCCCAUUGUCCCUUCUCCACCGAUAGGUUAUGGACCCUAUGGUACUCCACCUCCUACUCGUGGCUCAGGAGGAAGCACACCACCGGUUCAUCAUACACCAUCUCACGGUGGUGGUGGCCACCACCACCACGGAGGAAGCCCACCUGUCAACUGUGGAAACCCUACACCUCAUCACUCACCACCUAAGCAUGUUGACCCUUCUCCUGUACCUCCGACGCCUAGUACUGGCCAUCACAACCCUUCCCCAGCUCCUCCAACAGGCGGAUAUCACUACUACCCACCACCCAGCAAUGGCGGCUCUGUACCUUCAUCACCACCAAUCGUACUUCCUCCAACCACUCCUGGUAUCCCAUUUCCAUCAUCACCUCCAUUUGACCCGCAUUCACCCCCCGUCAUUGGCGGCACAUGCGAUUUCUGGAGAAACCACCCCGGGAUCAUCUGGGGUCUGUUUGGGUGGUGGGGAACGACGAUCGGUUCAGCUUUUGGUGUAGCUACUCUUCCCGGAACCGGAACCGGAACAGGAACCGGAACCGGAACCGGAGCUGGAGCUGGAAUCAUCGGACCACAUCUGAACUUGCAGGAAGCACUGUCAAACACCAGAACCGACGGCAUCGGUGCACUCUACAGGGAAGGAACUGCUUCCCUACUAAACUCCAUGGUCAACAAGAACUUCCCCUUCACAACCAGCCACGUGAGAGACAGUUUCGUGGCUGCCGUUGGCUCCAACAAGGCUGCCACAGCUCAGGCACGAGUGUUCAAGCUCGCGAAUGAGGGUCAUAUGAAACCUAGAGUCUAACAUAUGACCAUUAAUUUGUAUGUUUGAAGUUGAAUUGCUUGUUAAUUAGUAUUCACUGGUUUUGUGUCGAGUCUUUACGUUGUUUGGAUGCUGCUGCUUGUUAUUUAGUUCUCUUAAAAUUCUUGUCGAUUAUGGUGUUGGGGGUUUAAUUUCCUCAUUAAUUAUUUAUCAUGUCCAUUCUCCAGUUUUAUACCAUAUCUUACACAGAUUAAUCAUAUAUCAAAUGUGUUUUGAUUAAUCUGUGUAACAAAAUGUAGCUCUAUUUG